GAAGCUUCUGACUGCAUGACGGCACUUGAAGACUGAUGCCGUGUGCGAUAGUGCGAAUAGGACACACCGCGCAGGUUAGCUCACUCAACAUGAUUGAACAAAAACCGGCAGCUCAGAAUAAGACCAAUCGUUUUUAACCUUGUAUUUUUUAACAGAACGUAUUAUUUGUGUUUGAUCAUUUUCCUGCUAAAUACGACAUCACAGAUACCAUCGCAUCAGACUGCGUCUAUCUGCAUUGACCGCUUUUACUGUAUUGUGAGAUUCAAUCAGGAAUGAGGACGUUGUAACACGUUCUGUAUUUUACGCAAGACUUGACAACGCACCGAAGACUAUGUACUGGAGAGUCGUUGGGGGUGCUAGAAAGCAGCGUUUUAACCCGCAUGACCGGCUAACAGAGAGAGGAAGGUGACUGCAGUUCCGCUACUUUAAGUUGAUCUCAAUAUCAGCCGGUCCCGCGAUCUACCAUUUUGUUAUUCGCACCAUUUAUCUAAACUGUUCCGCCUGAUACCGAGAGGGGAAAAUAAACAGGCAGAGGAUUUAAAUUGAGCUAGUUCUUGACAAUGAACUUUGAGUCUAUAAUAAUUCCACGUAUCAAAACCAUUGCCAAACAUGCGGAAACUACGUAAAUAUUGCGAUCACUGGCGUCGGAAACAACUGAAAAAGAAUCAAAGGGCAACAUUGACAGGUAGUGAACUGUAGGAUUCAUGCGAAACGCUGUGUCCCGAAGCGAUCCAUUAUUCUGACCUGUUACCUCGCAUGCGGAUUUUAAUGUGAUACAGGUGACAAGUUUUUUUUUCUACCGAAAUCGACUGGAGACAUUGAUCACCGAAAAAUACAGGUCAAGGAGAAACCCAAAGAUAAAGCAGAAGCGAAAAGAACAAUUAUACAUUUUUCUGGGCAUUUUAAUAUACGUAUUUUUUUUAAACGUUGAAACCAAAACUAUUGUUUGAGCCCAAGCAGCAGUACAUCACAAGGACUUUUGCUGUCUGUGGAAAGCAGACAUUGUACUACAGUGGGACUUUGGAUUACAACCAGAAAAACCUCUAUGGAAAUCAACCCUUUGGACUUUGAUUAAUUGCAAUGAGUUGUACUUUACUUAAUGGAAUAGCAUUAUUUUAAAGAAUUGCACAACUUUAAUAUGUUCAUUGAUGAAAUUAACUGCUGGUUUAAGAGUGCCUUGGUCUGAUGGAGUCUUUCUAGCUGAAUCACAUUGACUGGGAAUGAAGACAGUGGAACGUACACAAGCUGCAGCAGUAAACAAUAUCCGAUCCGGCCUUUAAGCAGGAUUUCAUUAAGGUAAUUGAACUGUCGCUCCUGAUCCACCAUGUUGCUGAGAUGCAGCCGGCCCUCCCAGCCUUUGCUGAGGCACACCGACGUACCGCAACGUGUGACAGAGAGCUUCAUCCUCUCAGGCUACCGCUUCCCCAACUACAGUCUACGCGAGUGCCUGGCCUCUGCCUUCCGGCCCACCAACGAAACCGGCAACUUCUGGACGCACUUCCUGGCUGUGUUCGUCUUUGCCUUCCACUUCCUCGAGCUGUUUGGCUGGGAGGGCUGGCCAUCUUUCAGCGAUCCAUUUUUCUACCCCUUCUGGAACUACUUCAUCGGUGUGUUCUUGCUGUUGAUGGCUAGCAGCAUGGCUCACCUUCUCAACUCCAUGUCGCUGCUGAUCCGAGAGAUCUGCUUCUUUGUGGACUAUGGCACCAUCAGCGCCUAUACUGUGGGCUCCUCACUAGCUUAUUUCUACUACAUCCAUCCACGGGCUGGGAUCACUGCACUAGGACAUCACAAUGUCACGUGGGAGGUGAAGACAGUCCACGAGGGCCCCCCUCUGCCUCCUCCUUCCUUCUCGUCCUCUCCGUCGGCCCUCCCAGAGUUCCACAUGUUCUUUGAGAGCUUCUAUAUCCCUAGCGCCUGUGUGGUGGCGCUCAUCUGCACCCUGGCCUGCUGCAACACCCGCCAGCGCUGGAGAAGGCACCGCUACAUCAUCCGCACCCUGGUCUUCCUGUUGCCCUUCAUCGUGGCAUCUACACCCGUCUUUUACCGCCUCCUCCGCCCAUCAGUCACCUCAGCCCAGUCCUCAUCUUUCUCCCCUGGAUCUCUUGGUCUUUUCUUCUCCCGGCACUGCUUCUGGCUGCUGGUGUCAGCACUUUUCAACAUCAGCAAGUUCCCCGAGCGGCUGUCCCCAGGGAAGUUUGACAUCUGGGGCCACAGCCACCAGUGGUUCCAUUGCUGCACCUUCCUCUCCAUCCUUGAUGAGUUGCACAUGAUCAAGGCUGAAAUUCGGGCCCUUGCCUUGCAUCCAGCUCUGACCCUACCUGCCUUGGCCCCACCCCCGCUGGCAGGGCCCACCCUCUACUCCACCUAUGGUGUGAUGUUCACCCUGCAGGGCUGCAUUGGUGCCAUUAUCUCCUGGUUUUCCUGGGGGGCCUGCCGAAAUCAGGGCACCAAGGCAGAGCACCUCAAGUCACAGUGAACACCAGCCCUGACCUCCUCUCAUUACUUUUUUCUUUCCAAUUCUCGAUAAGUUUUAUUCCAUUUUACAUGUAUGAGAAAACUAGUUCUUAAUAAGGCCUUUUGUGAUUCAAGAUCAUUGUUGUACACGCAGGCUGUCAACGGCCUUGUUUCUGCCUUUGUGCAAAUAGGAGGUAAAUGCCUUGUCACUUUCAUCAGUCGAGUAGCAAUGAAACUGCACCUCUGGUCUGACGCACAGUUGCUCCCAGGGCAAUACAUUUCUGUAUGUUUUAUGAAAUUCUGAUUGUACAGAUUCAUAGCUUCCAAAUCAGGGUAUGCUUUAUACAAAUGAUAAUAAUUUUUUUUCUUGUUUGAUUGUCAUAAAUAGUCUUUUUUAUGAUCUAAAAUUAACAUGCAAAACAUUUGAUUUCUGAGCACAGGUUCUGAGUAACUGAUAAAUAUAGCAUUUAACGUAAAUAUAAUUGUCACAAGUACUGUAAAAUCAUUAUCUAGUUAUAUAGUACUGUUCUAAGGUAGCUGUCAGCAGUGGCAAACAGCAAGCAUGUGACUUUUUUUCAACAAAUCAUUUUUAAACCAGAUUAGCGCUGAACUAGAUACUGCAGUUGACUGGUCGAAUGCCUUCUAUCUGGAGUGGAGGAGCUUUGCUUAAACAAAUGAUCGACCAUCACAGUGAGAAUACACAAAUUCAGGAGCGAAGGGCACGACCUCCGCAUGCGCCUGGAAACGCACAAAGACUGCCCCCCCCCACCCCCCACAUCAUGGGCAUGCACAUUAAACACAAAGUUCCCCAUCACCUUCUUCACCCCUCAUGAUGAAUCCCCAGAACAAUCUCUGUCAUCAGUCUGACAUACAGGGGCACCCUGCUUGUGUGGUUUGAAAGAUCAUCCCGUGGAGGCUAUGGCUUUGCUGUAGAGUGUGUUUGGCCAGAUGGGAACGUAGGCAGCCACAGCCUCAGCUGCAUGUGCAAAGUGACUCUACCCAAACUCCCUGUUUGCCUCCUUGCCAUCUGCCUGCUGCUUUCUAUAUGCUCCCUUUCUCAGUAAGUUUGCCCCUUCUGUCCAUUGUUCUGCUAGUUUGUCCAUAUGUUCCUCUUCUGAAUAGGUUUGGCCUUUCUGUUAAUUGUUCUGCUAGUUUCUAUGCAUAUCCCCCCUCUAGCUGUGUGCCUCUGCUGUCCAUUGUUAGUUCAGUUUGUCAGCCAUCGAUUCCAUUUUAAAAAUGGAAUAUUUUGCAUCCCUGGGUGACAGUGGCACGGUAUGGUAGUCGCAGUUGAAUUAUUGUUUUUGGUGCGUUUCCUUAGAGUGGAGUUGUCUUUACAAGCAGCUCUAGCUCCAGUCCUCUAGGUUCCCUUGGCGUCUGUCCAUUUUUUCAUGGGUGCCUCUAAGACCAGUGUGAUGAUGAAUGGCCAUUGUGACUUGUUGAAGUCAGUGUCUCCUUUGACAGGGUCCUAUACAGCUACAAGGUGCUUUAAAUGUCUCUGGUUGAUUGAAUGUAGUCAGUGUCGCUUCUCAUCUUAUCCUUCGCCACCUCUUUCUAUGCUCUACCCUGUUCUCCCACUGCAUCUCUCUCUGUCUUACUCUUCCUCACUGCUUUUUUCCUGUGGCCUCAGUCUCGUUUCCUCUUCUCGACGCCUUGAGGGGAGGUAGAGCAGCAGACACAACACAAAUGCUUUUGGCUGCAGGGCAGUUGUGCCUCCAGAUUAGCAGAACCGAGAGCCUGUAAGUACACAGGCCAAUGAACUGCUCAGGAGACCGUUUUGGUGGCAAAUUAGGUAAAGCGAAUGGAUAGAAUUACAGUUAGGGCAGUACGUUUUGUGAAGGUCCAUCCAUCCAUCUUCCAAACACAUCCCUGUGCAUGGUGAAAGGGGGCUGGGAGCCUACAUGAGGCAGCAUUGGGGGCAAGGCUGGGAAACACUCUGACAGGAUUCCAAAGCAUCCAUCAUAUGACAUAUAGACACAGACACACACUGUGGGCAAUUUAGAGAUGCCCAAGAAGCCUAACUGCAUGUUUUCAGACAGCUGGAUGAAACCAGAGAACCCCAAAAAGACCCAAAUGACUCAGGGAGAACAUGCAAAGUCCACACACACAGAGCAGAAGCAGGACUGAAACCAGCGUCUCUGGAGGCAACAGUGCUGUCACCCAUGAUGCCCUUUCCUGCGGCUCCGUUUUACUUAUUUCAGUAAAAUAAAAAAUAUCAAAGCCAUAAUUUGCAUAGAAAGCCAUAUCAGAGUCUAAUUUUUAUUAUUUUUUGUUUUGUUUUGCUGUAGACUUUGAAGUACUCAUCAAGCCAAUCCGCUUGUUAAGUCACGGUGUUUAAAUCACAUGAUGAAACUGUUUGCGGGGCCAACCUGGGUACAGGCUAAUACAGUGUCGUGUGCCUCAGUGUUUUAAUCAAUCUUAAACAAAGCAAAACAAAAAAAGUAAAACUAAAGAAUUGUCCGACUUCCCUUUUCCAUGUAACAAAAAAGAGAAGAGGAAGUGGCUGCAUAAACUAGACAGCCAUUUGUCACAAUUCUUUAAAUGCUAAUAUGUCAUGCAUUUCAUUCUGGGUAUAAUGGUACACAAAAAUCACAGUUCAGUAUAAACCGCAGUUUUGGUUUCACUGUUCUGUGUAAUUUCGGUACAGCAGGAGAUUAUUUGUUAUUAAAACUGCAAAAACAAUUAGGAAGAGUUGUAAACCAGAGGCAGUGCGUCCGUUGACAUGUGUGAAUAACAUGAGCCACUUAUUUGCAUAUUGUAACAUAUAUAAAAUAAAAUCUUCAAUUGAAAAUAUAACAUCAUAAUUUUAUUGAUUAAAUCCUGUGUUCUAUUUUACUCUAUAGUAUAGUAGCCUAAUUUGCCUAAAUGCCACAGGGAGACUAACUCACAGAGGCUGUUUCUGCCUUGCUCCGGUCAUGCAUACAUUUAGAUGAUGUUGUCUUGAAUGAGUUAGCAUGUUGGCUGUGUUUCCAGCUGCAUAUCCGAGUUCAGUAUAACUGAGCUGACGGACAAUCUCGGUCUAAUCACUCUCUCGCUCUCCAGUGCGAGUAUAAUUUAUUGAGAAAUCAAAAUGUUCCCAAGCCGUCGACUACGACUGGCUGUAACCAGGAGUAGCCGUAACAAACUCACAGCAACAAUUAUCAUAAUAUUUUCCAUAUCUACUUCUGAAUUUAGGUUCUACUUUUGUUAAGAAAUGUGUUCAUUUGUUUCAUUGUGCAUAGAAAACUGAAAAUGAUGUACCAAACAUGUACCGAUAAUUCCUUCUCGGAGAACAGCUACACCCAUCACUCAGUUUUUACGUUAUGCUUUGGGUCAGACUUAACAAGCGGAUUGGGAACCACAUGACUGGCAAUCCCUAAGGCCUCCAGGCAAAUUGAUUGUUAACUUGCAAUCAAUGCUUUGAAGAACCAAGAGUGUCACAUGAAAUCUGCUCUUUUUGAGAGUUUUGUUUUUGGUUUCAUAUUGGCGCCUUUUGUCAGGUCAUUUUUUACACAGUGGUGCUCAUUAAGCCUGCUUAUCAAGCUUAUACAGAAUUACCUUCCUUGUCUGUCUGCAAAAUGUUAAAAAAAAAAGUACAUAGGCACCCUUUUUAAGACAAUCCCUAUAUCCAUAGCUUUAGUGUGAAUUAUUGUGACGUUUUAAAGAUGCAGCUUAAUGAACACAACUCUGGUUGGAGUAUUGGAGGCAGUGGUGAUGUUAGUCACUGCAAUGAUACCAACCAGUUAUAUCUUUGUUUUAAAAUGUUAAAUUAGAUUGUUAACAAGAAGUGCUGCUGUUGUAAGUAGUAAUUUCUGGUAUUUAUUUGCACACUGGGGAAAAAGCUUUUGAUGUGAAAUGAGGGAUGGGCUGGGCUAUUCCUCAUUUUAGAAUGGAUGUAGAAAUAAAUAUAUAUGUCAUGCAGUAACCUUGGUGAUUAUGUGUCCAGCCAAUCGGAGAGGCCAAGCAUCCAACCAUGUGUUUGUGUGUCUGGCCAAUUAGAGAGGCCGGGCAAUUUUCCAUGAUAUACUUAUCAUUGCCAGACUUAAGUGUGGCAUAAAUCUGCAACAAUCAAAAUGAAGACUUUAUCAGAUUAAACCCCUUUACUUGCCUUUAUGUUUAUUCAUUUUCCUGUGAGGUAGAAUACCCAUGUGACUAUACAAUCACUGUUUUUUAAUGCGUGGGGUAGGGGGCCGAGUGAAGUUGUAUUCUGUGUCAGACAUGCACUCUGCAGCAGUCUGCACAGGUCACACACCUGUACUGUACAGUGAUGUUUUAUUAGGUUUAUCGCUCCCACUGCAAUGCUUGUAAAGUUGCUGCAAUGUCACAGGCACGAAGGGGAGGACAUUUAAAAACAGGUGAUGAAUGUGAACAUGUCGAAGAGACAACAGCGAACCGUUCUCAGGGGGAAUCAAAUGUAGAUUUUUCUAGGUGUCUUCACUGACUGUGUGUGUGCUAGUGUUAAAUGUCUCUUCUCAAACUUAUGUCAGUUUUCAUAAUGAUGAAAUAUGCACGAUUCUCUGACUUAGGAUUAAUAAAGUUUCUCAUGCCGACAUGAA